AUGGAUAGCAGUCGUUAUAGGAUCAAAAAGUGUAUUUUGCAAAAUAACGAAGGAGAAUUAGUUAAAUUAUUAAAAUGUGGUUUUAAUCCUAAUCAUGAAGGAGGCUGGCCUAUAAGAUUGGCAGCUCGCCACGGGUUAUAUCCAAUUGUUAAACUUCUUAUGCAAUAUGGAGCUAAUCCGCAUCUUAUUAGUGAGGCUGGUGCCUCGACGUUGCAAUUGGCUGUUUAUUCCGGCGAAUUUUGGAAUACCGAUAAGUGGUCUUUUCUUAUGUCUUGUUGCGAUUCAUCGCAAUUAGCUGACGGCGCCGCUGUAGCUAUGGUAUUCUACAAUAUACCAGCGUUAAAAAAGAUUAUGGAAACCGGACGAUGUAAUACUCAUAUACCUACGUCAUUAACUGGUAAAACAGUUGAUGAAUUAGCAAGAGGUUACAAGUUGCAAAGCCUUUUAUAUUCACCAAGGAUCCAAAACAAUAUAAAUAUUGUUUCGCCUAUUUCUUCACCAAUUUCUUCACCUGGAAAUAUACGACAAACCGAAUCGGAUUACAGGAUGUUAUCGCCUCAGCCGCCAAGAAGAAAUUUAUCACCUUCUGUAGCCAGGUUCUUUAAUCAAACUGCGAAUCAAACGUCUCUUACGCCUCCGAGGAAUACCUUAACUCCUAACUACUUACCUUUUCCCAAUUUUUAAUUUGACUAAAAUUAUUUAAAGUAAUUUUAUUUAUGUUAGACGUAGAAAAUCAA